GCAGAGAUUACAACUAGAGAGGGAAAAGGGAAGGUAGGUUUCUUUUUUCAAGAAAUGCUCGGCUAAACACAAUUCCAUGCUCCUUGUUUCCUGCCGUAAGAAACGAAAUAGCCCACGAUUUCCUUCGAUCUUCCCUUCCUCUGUUGUCUCCUUGGUGCUGCUUUUCCGCUGAAGCCUUCCAGGCAGGGACCUCUUCCUGCACACUUUUUAAGGUGUGGUAGGGGGUGAAGGAUGCUCGAUGCAUCAGUCAUAAAUGGAUAAUCAGUGGGCGAGAUUACGAGGUUGUGUGAGAAAUCAGGGUUCAGUCUGAGCUCUUUUACGCAGGUCAGCACAGAAGUAAAUCCCAUUGGAUUCAAUGGCGCUUGCUCCUUAUCCUGGCCUGGGCCAGGUUGCCCCGCCUCAUUCUUGAACUCCCCUGUCCCCCCGCCAGCAGGAGCAGGGGUAGGAGUACCACGUUGCAGAAGGGCCCUCCGCCCGCAAGGAAGGAGGCGGCGGCGGCGCGAUUCGGCUCGGCUGAAGCAGGAAUCCGGCCAUGGCCGAGACGGAGAGCGGCGGCGGCGGCUCGGUGCAUGCGACUCGCUUCGAGGCGGCCGUGAAGGUGAUCCAGAGUCUGCCCAAAAAUGGUUCUUUCCAGCCAACAAAUGAAAUGAUGCUGAAGUUCUAUAGCUUUUAUAAGCAAGCAACUCAAGGACCCUGUAAUAGUACAAGACCUGGAUUUUGGGAUCCUAUUGGUAGAUAUAAAUGGGAUGCAUGGAGUGCGUUAGGCAACAUGCCCAAAGAAGAUGCUAUGAUUGCAUAUGUUGAAGAAAUGAAAAAGAUUCUUGAAACGAUGCCAAUGACAGACAAGGUUGAAGAACUGCUACAUGUUUUAGGCCCAUUUUACGAAAUUGUAGAGGAUAAAAGAAAUAGAGGAUCUGACCUAAUUGCAGAUCCUUGCAAUGCUGUAACUUCUGUGCCAGCUGUGAAUGGAAAAUCAGAAAACAAUGACAGUGGAGCAGAAUCAGAGGAAGAACCACAGCAGGAAGAAAUAACAGACGUCCCACAGAUUGAUAAAGGACUUUCAGAAGCUGAAGAUGUGAAACAAAAUUCAACCCCUGAUAAGGAUUUAGAUGGUGGUGGUAUUAAUGGCUGUUGCAAUGUCAUAUCUCAUGUUGACAUGAGCAAUGGCCUACAUACGAAAUCUGCUCUGAAUGGCAUCAAUGCCGAUGAAGAAAUAAAGACAGGAGAGAAGUGCCUUGAGCUACCAGUCAUAUCUAACUGGGACUCUUUACAUCAAGGUCUAGAUGAGGACGCUUCUGAAGUCUCUGGAAUUCAGCUCUUGACAAGUGAUUCAGAUAGUGAAAUAUACUGUGAUUCAAUGGAGCAAUUUGGACAAGAAGAGAUCCUGGACAUCAGUUCAUCAACCAAAGGAAUUUCCAGACAUCCAUUUGCUUUCUCAGAAGUAGAUCAUAAUAAUCUGUUAGAAACUUCUGGUUUUCUUGAACUUGGAAACCACAAAGUGGAAGGUAUAAAGGAAGUUGCAGCUGAAGGAAAGGGUGAAGUCAAGUGUGGAGGUGAAGAUGGCAAAGCAAAUGAUGGAGGCCCUCAAAAAGAGAAGAAAAGUGGUGAAAAGGUUGACCUGUAUGGAAUUCGAAGGGGAAGAGGACAUAGGAUGUACCCUUUAGGAGACGGUGCCCAAGGUGGACAGAUGGGCAGCGGAGGAGACGGAGAACGAUGGGGUUCAGACAGAGGACCACGGAGCACCCUCAGCGAACAGAUUGCAGUCGUACUCAUACGAUUGCAAGAAGAUAUGCAGAACAUUCUUCAGAGAUUACAUGCUCUUGAGACACUCACAACUUCACAGGCAACCCUACAUUCAGAUAAUCAGCCUGAUUCACCUGUCAAGAAACCAUCAUGGUGGCCCUUUGAGAUUUCUCCUGGUACUUUAGCCUUUGCUAUUUUAUGGCCCUUUGUUACCCAAUGGCUGGUGCAUAUAUAUCUUCAGAGAAGAAGAAGAAAACAGAACUGAGGCUUCCAUUCCUGAUUUUACUUAAGAACUGCUAGGAUGGGGAAAUUUUGAAAGAUGACAUAAUUAACACAAGAACUACAAACUCUGGAAUGACUAAUUUUUUUUUUCUUUUAUAUAUUUUUUUCUUUUUGCACUACCUGAGAUACUAUACUUGAAUGAGACAUUUCUCCUGUACUUCCAGUAGAAUAAAUACAACUGUCCCACUGAGCAAUCACAUGAACUACAAAUUAAUUAUUUAGACAUGUACCUUCCUGAUGAACAGUUUGUAUAAUAUCUUAGUUCUCAGUUCCUGCUGAGAAAAAAUUGUUCAGUCUUUAGGAAAAAGUUCCUUGAAAGCAUGUACCCCCCGCCCCCACCCCCAUGGCACUGUAACUUUAAUAUGAUUUGUUUUAUAAUGUCAAUUGGGCUUUUGGGUAGUAUAGAAAACAUGCAAUGGAUUGAGGAAACUACAUCCCCAAGGGUCAAAGUAGCAGGAUCGUUAUGAUUGCACUGAAUAGUAAUGAGAAGUCUAAUUUCUAACUGUUGCUAUAUGUGAUAGCUUUUUAAUAAAUGUUUGAGGCUGUGGAUUCUGAUUGCACAGAUGCCACCAAAACUAUUUUUUAAAAACCACAAAACUAUGCAUAGCCAUACAUCUCAGUGUUAGAAUACUCAACUGAGUCCCAAAUGGCAUGAUAGAUUCAAAAUAGCUCAUUGCAGAAAAUGCUUAAUAAAGAAUGACAAUAGCCCUGAAGAUAUUAAAAUCAGUGGGGCUUCAGGGCAUGUGAAAUCCUUUUUUUUUUUUUUGCUGAUUUUAAUACAACUUACAAACAUUUUUAUUGACUAAAGAGGCAGUGGAAUAGUUAAGUUUUGCAAAAGUACUGUCUUUAUUCAAAAAAUCCAAUUUAGCUGGCUCAUAAUAGAAAGCUAAUAGAAGGUCCUGCAUUCUGAAAAUUUGCUAUGUCAUGCGGUUCAGUGCUUGUGUAGAAAUAGGCUUUGCGAAUGGAUGGGCUGUCUUGCCAGUGGAAAAGGGUAUUACAGUGGAACUUGAUCUGCCCAUAUCGAAAGCUAUGCAAACAACAUCCCUGCUGCUAGAUUACUCCCACCCAUUAAUCAGGAACAGGCAACUGCUUGUACCCAACUUUGGAGGAAGGGCGUGUCAGAAUGGAUGAGGCUCUGACACUUGUGGGCAGGCUGGCUUUUAUUUUUUAAAAUUGUGAUACGCCUUGUUAAGAGCUUAAAGGACUGCUUUCAAUUAUUUUCAACCUCAAAAUGGAAGGUAGCUUUUAGCCAUUGUGGUCAGAGGGGGCACUUCCCACCCUUGCUAUGUACAAUGCCUACAAUAGGGAUGUGAGAAAACCAUGACGUGCCCAGGUGCUCUAAAUUUGUAGCCAGGCGCCAUCAUCUUACUCAAAAACUAGGUGCUUUGUCCUCAUGAUUGCUCAUCGGGAUCAAAACAUCCCCUGCAACUAGAGCUCUUUGGCCAGAUAGUUCUUUGGGAUUUUUAAAGCAGUAGAACUUUCAGCUACAGUUGUCCAGGACAGAUGCAGAUUUAGCAUGUCUGAGUGUCAGCUUCUGAGGAAAGGGAAAGGCCUCAAGCCAGAUAGCCCUUCCUGCAGGUGUAUCUGCAGAGUAUGGUCAGAAGAGUCAAGAUGGCAGCCUUGUCACUGCAACUGAAGUUCUGCUAAUUUUUAAUAUAAAACUAGGCAGAAUUAGGGUCACACCACUGGCCAGUCUUUGGACCAUACCUGCCUUCCUGCAACAGUUGAUUACAACUUCAAUCAGCCCGCACAGAUGUGAGUAUUCUAUGAAGCCACAGCUGGCAGAGUGUUCCAUAAUGUUUGCAUUUUGUUGAUCCCAGAACAUCACUUUUUACUGUGACAGUUAAGCAAAAUGAGCUUUUCCCUUAUUAUAUGCUUGCUUUCAUCAUCUGUCCCCCCCCCUCCACUUUAGGAAUAUCAUUUUAACAUUCUCAUUUUACAUUUCUGCCUACUGAUCAAAUCUAGGUUUGGAUAUAACAGCUGGUUAGUACCUUUCUAAAUAAAAUUAGAAAGAUAGCUUUUCCAUGGAAGAGGGAAAACAAACAAUGAAGGCUAAUAUUUUUUUGGUUGUUUUUAUGAAAUUCAGCUGUUUUAAAAUGUAGCUUAAAGUGAUUACCUCUUGGUUGUUAUGGUGAAAAAGAAAAUGAACUGAAUCUGACAUGUUUCCAGAUAUGAUGUUUUACACUGAAAUUGAUCAGACUGAUGGGGAAACAUUGAAAAUCAACUUUAUACCGGUUAUGUAUAAAUAUUGUAAUUGCAGAAGUCAAACACUUCUGCCUUGUUAUAUAGAACAUGAUUUUAAAGUUAAUUUUAAGCUAAAUCAUUUUAAUCUAUUGUAAAAUAAUAUUUCAAAUAAAGGACAAUAGGAGUA